CGCCGUCUGCUAACGCAAACAAUUGGGGAGGCACUAUUGCGUCGUUCCUGCGCGGCCUUGGCGCUGUUGGAGGCUCGUUGAGAAGGGUGUGUGGGGGUGGUUGCGCGAGUUUGCGCGGAAGGGGAGAAUGGGCGAGCAUUAACGACAUAAUUCACAAAUCUUGUAUCUUUGUGUUUUGUGGCUUACGCCAUCUCACGCCCUCUUGGUAUUUCUGUGAAGUACUUAACUAAAUUAUAAAGUAAUGUUAGUGGAUCAGUACGAAAGCGAUGAAGACCAUGGUGGACAGCACAGCUGUGCUGGAAUGAAUUAAGCUGGAAGGUGUGUAGCAGUUUGGAAGCUCACCAUCUCAAAGAUUGUUUGAGAUGGCGAGCGGGCGCCGUUUGCCGCGACCGCCCCGGUGACCUCUGCUGAACGCUAGCAUGCAGGCCAAGAAGCGCUACCUGCUGGCCGUCACGUGCGUUGCCUUCCUGGGCAUCUGCUACUUCGGCGCGUUCAACCCGUGGCGGCGGGCGGCGGCGCCAGUGGCGCGCUCUAGUCUGGUGUCUUUCAGGGCAGGGUGGGGCCGGCGCCCGGUGCCGCCGGACCCGGGGCCGGGCGCGCGCCGCCGCCAGCGCGCCGCCGCAGCGCCCGCCGCGAGACACUGUCGCAUGGCGACGUGCUUCGACCUGGCCCGGUGCGCUGGCCGGCCGUUCCGCGUGUACGUGUACCCGGUGGACGAGGCAGCGCCGCCGAGCCGCGCGUACCGGCGCGUGCUGGACGUCAUCAGAGAGUCGCGCCUGGCCACAGAGGACCCGGCCGCCGCCUGUCUGUUCGUGCUGGCGCUGGACACGCUGGACCGGGACCAGCUGAGCAGCGAUUUCGUGCACCAGCUGGACCAGCGCGUGCACGCGCUGCCGCUCUGGAACAACGGCCGCAACCAUCUGGUGUUUAACCUGUUCAGCGGCACGUGGCCCAGCUACAGCGAAGACGUGAUGUUCGACAUGGGCGAGGCAAUCCUAGCCAAAGCCAGCAUGUCCGAGGAGAACUUCCGGCAGGGCUUCGACGUGUCGCUGCCGCUCUUCCCCAAGAAGCACCCGGAGAGGGGCGGCGAGGAAGGCCUCGUCGCCGCCUACAACUUUCCUGCCAUCAAGAAGUACCUGCUGGCGUUCAAGGGCAAACGCUACGUGUACGGCAUCGGGUCUCAGACGCGCAACUCGCUCUACCACCUGCACAACGGCCAGGACGUGGUGAUGGCCACCACCUGCAAGCACGGCAAGAGCUGGAGGGAGAUGCAGGACGAGCGAUGCGACGAGGAUAACGCCGAGUUCGACAGGUAUGACUACGACACGCUGCUGCAGAACUCCACCUUCUGCCUGGUACCGCGCGGUCGGCGCGUUGGCUCCUUCCGCUUCCUGGAGGUGCUGCAGGCCGGCUGUGUUCCGGUGCUGCUCGCCAACGGCUGGAGGCUGCCGUUCGAUGACGUCAUCGACUGGCGCCGAGCGGCCGUCUGGGGGGACGAGCGGCUGCUGCUGCAGACCACCGAGACGGUCCGCUCGCUCGACGCCGACCGCCUCCUCCAGCUGCGCCAGAACACGCAGCACCUCUGGAACGCCUAUUUCAGCUCGGUGGAGCGUAUCGUCCUGACUACCCUGCGGAUAAUCGAGUCUCGAGUGCACACCCACCUGGCCUCCCCCGGCACGGUGUGGAUGAACUCGCCCGGCUCGCUGUUCCACCUGCCGACGCCGUCCGGCUCCCUGCGCGACGUACCGCUGUACCGAGCGCCGGCGGACCUGGUGCCGCGCGACAACUUUACCGCCGUCAUCCUCUGUCAGCACGGCUCGCCUGCGCCGCUCUACCGGCUGAUCAAGCAGGUGGGCGCCAGCUCGUUCGUGUCGGGCGUGCUGCUGGUCUGGAUCGCCGAGGCGGAGGCGCCGACGCCGCAGCGGCUGCCGCGGCUGGCCGUGCCGCUGCGCGUCAUCACCCCCGAGCGGCGCACCAUCUCCGCCCGAUUCGUCCCGGCGCCCCAGAUCCACACGGACGCCGUGCUCUCGCUGGACGAGGACGUGACCCUCAUCACAGACGAGCUGGACUUCCUCUAUCAGGUGUGGCGGACGUUCCCCGAGCGGAUCGUGGGCUUCCCGGCCCGCUCGCACUACUGGGAUGACGCCAAGGGCACGUGGGGCUACACGUCCAAGUGGCUCAACGACUACUCGAUGGUGCUGACGUCGGCGGCGAUGUACCACCGCUACUACCACCGGCUCUACAACGACUGGGCCUCGGACGUGCUGCACAAGACGGUGAACCAGGCGCACAACUGCGAGGAUAUUCUGAUGAACUUCAUAGUCAGCCACACCACCAGGCGGCCGCCCAUCAAGGUGACGCAGAGGAAGGGGUAUAAGGAGACGACCGGCGGUCAGAUGAGACCCCCGUGGAGCGACCAGGAGCACUUCCUGCAGCGCCACUCGUGCCUCAACACGUUCGCCGCCGUGUUCGGGUACAUGCCGCUGCUGCGCUCGGCUGCUCGCCUCGACCCCGUGCUCUUCCGAGACCCGGUCGCCGUCUGGCGCAAGCGUUACAGUCGGCUGGAGAGCGCGCAGGCGCCGUAGCGGCGCCGGGCCGUGGCGGGCCUCGGCAAGGCCGCCGCCGGGACCGGGCGCCCCGGACCAGCGCCGCCCGCGGCCGUGGCCGACCUGCUCCGUCGUGGGGAGGAAUGCUCAGGAGACCCCUGCGCUGACCUAGCCGAUACGUCGGGAGCUUCGGGCCUGGUCAGCGCAGAGCGUUUUGAUAUAUAUGUUGUUUAUACGUGUUACCAAUACCUGCUGGUGCAGGAAUGCAAACUGGUGACCCUUGAUGUCGCCUUUAAAGGUGAAUGCGGUGAAAUCUGUGGGGUCUGAAAUGAGAAGAUCGCAUGCUAAUGUUGUGCAUUUCAGUUCUGUUUAUACUUCCAAGCUGGUAUCGAUCGCAGACCUUGCAAUAUCAUUGUGCGGCCCUAUGUGCCAUAUCCACUCCUACAUAUGCUUAUAGUCAUAUCAGUGUGCCGCAUCAUAGAUGAAAGUGUCCCAUAUCCUUGCCUACGUGGCUCAUGCGCGUGUCACGGUUUGGACUCUCCGUUUUGUCGGCAGGAAUCUAAUCAUUACCGUAGUUUGGUUUGCUCCCGAAGAACUUCGAUUUCAUCAAUUACCUUUUAACUUCGGUUCAUUUUUGGGGAGUGCUCAAUAUUUUUGUAAAGUUUUUGUUACCAGCGUUGUUUAAUUUGAUCGAUUUGUAUGCGUUGCAAUCCAUGCGAGCUUGGAUCGAACGGCUCUGCGGUGCGGCGAUGGUCCUAUCAGCUGGUGGCUUCCUUCUGCCUCUUCAGCAUGAUUUUGUGGUUUGGACAGUGCCGAUCUGACCUUUCACGCGGACUGUGCAAUAGCAUGCCCUUUGUGUGGAGCUGUUCAGAUGCGAACGGUGUGGUUAUCCGUGAUCUACUUCGCUAGCGUCACCAGAGGUACCAAAUUUUGCUGUUCUGCUGGUGUUGUGAAACGUCUGUAGUAUUUUUAAUUUCCCGCCAGGCGCCCAGGUAUCGCUUUCAUUGCGCCCGCUCUUCUCGCCGAGCUACGUUCGCAGACCACCGCGGGCCGUUUUCGAUCCAGUGUCUGACCUGGCCUGUCCGGUCCCCACCGACCUUGGUACAACGUCGGUUGACCUGGGACGACAGGCCUCCGCACCGCUCCUCAGCCGCCUAUGCUCGGACUAUGUUCCCCGCCGCGGUCUCGUGGCCGCAGGCGCUCGCCACUGUCCCCACCGUCCGUGCAGGGUGUCGGGUGUUGCCGGCGCGCGUGUGCGUCUGUCUGUCUGUCCGUCUCCCUGCCUGUAUGUGUGCUGCGCCGGGCACGUGUCGGCCAGGCUCGCCUUCCUCAGGCUGCGGAGCGGGGGCCGAGGGCAAGCCUGAGGGUCGUGACUAGUGUUGGCCGCCGGCCGGGCGUCCUGUGUUUUUUUACACGAUGACAGCGGCCCCGUGAGGCGAGGGUCGGCUUAUUCGAAGGCGUGACUGGCAGUCCGGCGCGACUGUUUUGUAUUAAAGCGUCCGAUCGUGGCACGCGAGCGUGGCGUGUCGGCUGGACGGAUGUGCACAGAAGCGUCAAGGCUGUCGUAGAGGUCGGUGGCUGAUCAGCCACGGAUGAACGCGCACCAUUUACAAACUCACCAUGUAGAUGGACAAUCAUUCCUGGACUAAUAAAUGAGUUAAUUAAU